AUGGCGAAUGUUGACCUCCGCACAAAAACGAUACGGGACGGCGUCACGGCCGAGGACUUGUUUCAGAGCGACGGCCUCACGUACAGCGACUUCAUUAUUCUUCCGGGAUUUAUUGACUUUGGCGCAUCAGAUGUGCAGGUUUCGGGGCAAUUCACGAAAAAGAUCCGGUUGCAUAUUCCCAUCGUCUCUUCCCCGAUGGACACCGUGACGGAGAGUGAGAUGGCACGCACGAUGGCGUUGAUGGGGGGCAUCGGUGUGCUCCAUAACAACUGCACCGUCCAACACCAGGUGCAGAUGGUGCGGAGUGUCAAGAUGUUUCGUAACGGCUUCAUUAUGAAACCCAAGUCGGUGGGCCCGGAAACGCCCAUCUCCGUCAUUCAUGAGAUAAACGCCGAAAAAGGAAUCAGCGGUAUCUUGGUGACGGAGAAUGGCCGACACGACGGCAAACUGCUCGGCAUUGUCUGCUCAAAGGACAUUGAUUUUGUGAAGGAUGUGUCAUUGCCGGUGUCGCAAUUUAUGACAAAACGCGAAAGCAUGACAGUGGAGCGGUACCCUAUUCGACUAGAAGAGGCGAUGGAUGUGUUGAACCGCAGCCGACACGGGUA